CGGUAAACUAGUUAACCUUAUCCAACUUGCCUCACUCACACUGGAAAAUGCAGACCCAAAACCUCCCUUUUGCUAAAGACCUAAACCCUCCCCUCUUCAACUUUCAACCCCCAUCAUCAUUUUUCAAGUUCUUAAACCCUCUUCACAGAAGCAUUGUUCCAAUUCACCCCUCUUCUGGAACCUCAAAACCCCUUAAAAUCCAUUGCCAAAACCCCACCCCACAAUUUUCCCGCCAAAAUGCCACCCACCAGAGGGACGUCCGGUCCUUUGCCGGACGGAGCAAAGGGAAGCCCGGAGGUACCUCCACUGGGCGCAUCGAGGGUAACGCUGAAGUCCGUCGACAGGCUAAGCGAAACGCUCGCCGGAAAAGCAGGAAAUUGGCAGAGAGCUUGUUUUACAGACUGAAGAACCCUAACAAGAAUUACCCGGACAAUUUAUCCGAAGAGCAGCUUGAGAUGAUUGGUCUAGGAUAUGAUAGAAUGGUUAGGUUUAUGGAAAAAGAUGAUCCAAAUCUUAGGCACCCGUACGAUUGGUACAAGUAUGGUGAAUUUGGACCUUAUUCUUGGCGUGGGGUGGUUUUAGGUGAGCCAAUUCAUGGACGGAUUACCGAUGAGUGUGUAACUUUGAUUGGUGAAGUUCGCAAUCAAGAAGAGUGGGAGAAGAUCGAGCAGUUUGAAAUGGCUCGAGAAUUUCAAACUAGAUUAGAUGCAAUGGAUAAAAAUGUUAAGUUCAGGAAUUUUUGGGUGUUUGUCAGGCAUCCUAGGUGGAGGGUUUCGGAGUUGCCUUGGCAACAGUGGACUUUGGUAAGCGAGCUGGUUCUUGAAGCUGGGGAUCAGAGGUUGGAUAAGUGGAAUUUGAUGGGAAGGCUCGGAAAUAAGGCAAGGUCCAUGAUUACACAGUGUGCAGCGUGGAUGAGGCCUGAUAUAAUUUAUGUGAAGAGGCCAGUUUAUCAGUGUAGAUUUGAGCCUCAAGAUGACUUUUUUAAGGAAUUGACACCGUUGCUUGAUCCACAGACUGAGGGGGAUUUUUUGUUCCAGUUGGUGAAUGAUGAUGGGAGGGUGGAAUUCUGUACUUAUUUUGGUGGAUUAUGUAGAAUAGUGAAGGCGAAUUCAAAGGCGUUUGUAGAUGAUGUUGUGAAUGCUUAUGAGAAGUUGAGUGAUGAGAAGAAGUCGAAGUGCUUGGAGUUUUUAUUGAACAACCAUCCAGUGCCUCUGUUGCAUCCAUAUACUAAGGAGUGGAAGGUGAAAUUGGAGGAAAUGGAGUUGGGUUGUGACGCCCCAGAUGAUGAGAAUGGCGAUCAUGGUGAUAAUGAUGAGGAAGGUCAGAUAAUGGACUGGAUUGAGGAUGAUGGCGACGAAAAUGAUGGAAGGAGUGAAGUGGAGGAUGGUGAAGACGAUGAUGCAAUUUUGGAUGUAGAGGAUGCUGGAGAUGAUGAGUUGGGAAUCAAGGAGGAAGAAGAGGAUUUCGGUCCUGAAGAGGAUCCAAACUACUGGGAUGCGGAAUUUAAGAAGGCAUUGAGCAGUAAUGAAGCAAUGGAAAAGCUUGCAAAACGAGGCUUAGAGAUAUCUAACAAAAUCUAUGAAAAGCAGAUUAGAGCAAUGGAAAGGAGGGGCAAAGGGACAGUUGAAGAAGAUGGGGAUGAAUUGGCAAUGAGGCGAACAAGAGCAAAGGUCAGUCCAGCAGAAUGGAAGAAUCUCGGUUACGGUCCUUUCAGGAAAAGGAUCAAAAAGAGUAAAGUACCGCCUGGUUUGUUCUUACGAGCUGCUGUUAGACCAUUCACUUACAGAAACCUAGUCAAAGAGAUUGUUUUGACAAGACAUGCCAUCAUAGAAGGAGAGAUUGGUAGGAAGAAGUGAUAUGUAGGUAUUUUGACGGGUCUGGGAGUAUGAAUAUCGCCAAAACAUCAAUGGCUAUUUUUGCAGCUUCAGUCUGCAGCUAGUACUUCAUGCUUGCAUGAUUUCUUACCUCUGCAGAGCUUGACUCGAAGCCUCAAUACUUUGAGCUGUCCUUGCAAAACUUAACACCAAGUAUGCCUUUCUUAAUCUUUACUUUGAAUCACAUCUGAAGAAGCCUCUGGAUAGGGAUGUAUCAACUAUUGUCUGAGUAUAUGGUCCAUACUGUAAUCGAGCAGUGGCAAUUCAAACCCUCUGCUCGAGAUUUGCUCUAUCCUAGGUUAGUGAAGCAUAUAAAAAAAAAUGUAUCACUGUUUACCGUUUAGUUUGUCCGUUGAUGUUUUUCAAUUAUUCCAUUAUGGAUGAUUGGAUAUAGUAUCGAUAAGACACCUUCACGCUGCAUUAUUAUGAAACCAAAAUAAGGGAUCAGAAACUUUCACCUCC